AAUGGGACUUCUUAGGAGAUGCAAAGCUGUAAGAAUGCCUCUACCACCACAAAGGGGGGAUGUGAGCUUCUGUCAGAACUCAUGAAAUCAGCAAGCAGGGCAAACACUGUAUAUUCUUUAUUCUGGCCAUCUCAAGGGCUGGUGAUUAUUCAGUUGUUGUUUGAACUGGUUGGUCUGUGUCAUGGCUAGCAUCCAGGGAUUGAACAAAAGCUAAAAGUAUCUGCUUAUAGCCUGAGUGGAAAAAGCUAUACUCUUGAUCAGAGAGCAUUAAUAAACUGCCUCUAUUUUUGCCAUCAGCUGAUCAGUGAUCUGUGAAUUUGGGCUGCUCUUGAGAGUUCAUGGGGAAAUGCCUGAACAAUACAAGAGCUGUUUAAGCCCUUUAAGGAGCUCUUAUCUUUUUAAAACAGACUGUGAUAAGGCAAGCUGUUUUAUCACUAGUUACUCAGUGCAGUGGGUGUAGAGGGUACUCUGUGAGAGGCAACUGUGACAGAUAGAUUUUAAAAAACCCUUAAUAUUUAGUCUAAGACUUCAGUGGAUAGGUCAGAAAACAGUGACUGCUGUAUCUGGAAGUUUUCACAAAGAAUUUUGCUCUUUGAAGAAUUAAAAAAGAGCUUGGCAUCCUUGAAGCAGUUAAGAAGCUGUUCAAGUGGUCGCUUUUGCCACUACCCUGCAGCAUGGUGAUCACUGUAAUUUAACAUUAAAAUGCAUUCUUGACUGUUUGGGCACAAGUUUAUCCAGCAGCACAAAGGAAAAUGUUGUGCAAAGAACCCGGUGCAUCCUGUGCUGUAAUCACCCAGCUUUGUUUCAAUAAUGGUACACUAGUCUCCAGUAGCUGGGCGCUGCUAUAAGGCAGUAAAUGUGACUGGCAUCCUAAUCACAUUUGGGCCUUCACUGGUUUCUCCUUGCUGUGAAUUGGACGAUGGGAAUGAGCCUUUCAGACUUGGGAUAGUUGGAAUUUGUGUGUUAAAUCUAGUGAUUGUCACUGGGCACCGUAGUUUGUUGAAAAGGCAUGUGAGAGAUCUCCAUGGUACCGGGGGCCUGGAUCCAGAGGCAUUAGGCUUGUAUGGGAUUUUAUGCUCUCUUAAUAGGUGACUGUGGUAGGACUCUAUUGCAACUAAGUUUUUCCAGGCUAGAGGAGUUAGAAUUGCUGCAGGCAAGCCAUAAGUAACAGUGCUGGCAAGCCUUCAGCCUCCUCAGGCCUGUCCCUGCUGUGAGCUCGCCCAAACUGUGUCUCUCCUGUUUGCAGGAAGACACAGUACUUGCCUCCUGGGCUCUCAGGGACAUAGUCCUUUCAGUCACCCACAGGUGAUUUGCUGUUGGUAGUAACUUCUGCCAUCCCUCAGUACAGUACCCCUGCUGCUGAGCCAAACCUCUCCCAGCGGCAGUGCUGCUGUGCAGAGCUCUCAAGUGGCCUUGCUUUUUCUGACAAGGGCAAGAAGCUUUCAUGGAUGAUUGAGAGAAGAUGUAGCACAUUUGACCCCUUGAAUGAUUGAAAGUAUUUACUUCUGCUUCUUGAUGUUUUCAGUCAGCUCUGCCUUGGACAAGGACUGGUGAGCUAUGGUAACCCAUGGGAAACCUUGCUGUUGACUCCAGCAGGCUUCUACUCCACUGCAAGCAAGCAGCUAGGGUUUUGAGCUGCUUCAGGAAGCCUUGCAGGGGAAUAAAGCCCACUGGAUUGCUUUGUUGUGCUUGUGGUUUUUUUAAAAAGCCUUCCAGUGUUCUUUCCUCACAUGUCAGGCUGAAUCUUGAGGACCAGAAACUGAAAUCAUUCCUUUGGGCAGUGGACUGAGAAAGCAACUGACAUUCCAGUGAUGCUGAACAUUAAAAUCUAUCCUGUCACGUGUGCACUUUGGGCUGACUGCCCUGUUUGCCUGUGUUCUCUUAAAGUAUUCUGAAUAAAAUUUAGGAUAUGAAGUGUUAAUAAUUCUGUUCUGAAGUGUUAACUGUUCUGUUUUUCAGCCUGAGAUCCAAAAACUUAUUUUAAGAGGCACUACUGAUACUGAGGAGCAGAUUCUGUGCAGAUACUAUGAAAGUAGAUAAAAGCUGCUCCAUGACAUGCAGGGCAAUGAACUUCAAGAAGAAUGUGUGAAGUAUUUGUGGCCUUUCAGUAGAAGAAUUUCAGCCUUUCAGUACUUAAAAGGAGCUUAUGUAAGGAGGGAGACCAACUUUUUGCAUGGGCAGAUGGUGAUCAGACAAGGGGGAAUGCUUUUAAAGUAGAGGAGAGAUUUAGAUUAGAUGUUAUGAAGAAAUUCUUAAAGUGUUGCUAGAACAGGUUGCCCAGAGAAGUUGUGGAUGCCCCAUCCCUGGUAGUGUUCAAGGCCAGGUUGGAUGGAGUUUUGAACAACCUGGUCUAAUGGGUGGCAUCCAAGCCCAUGGAGAUGGGCAUGGAACUAGAUGAUCUUUGUGGUCCCUUCCAACCCAAACCAUUCUAAUAUUCAAUGAAGUAUGAAUCUCCACAGAGCAGGCCAGUUCCUUAUGGCUUUCCUAUUUCAACCUUGUUACCUAUAUCUCUGGGAAAUCUGUCAGAAAGGUGUAUGAAUAUGUUUAGAAGUGGAGUACCUCCCAAGUGGCUGAUCUGCCAAACUCUUCUUGAACCAGGAGAUGCUACAAAAGGAAUAGAAGUUCUCCCCAGUCCACAGAGCAAAGAAUGCAUUCUUUUCACAUCUGGUCCCAUAAAAAAUGCAAAAUGACUCUGUGUAAAAGCUACUCUGUAGUCCUUCUAGUUCUUAUGGUAUUGAAAUCUGCCUUAAGUUGCAGUUGUUUUUAUGCAGUUUGGAUUUUCCUGCAGAAUAAACCUAGCUCUGGUAACAAAAGGUGAAAAAAGAGCCUUGCUGUCAAAGUGGAGGAACUGGUGACACCUGGAACAGAAGCAAUGGGUAUGAUGCUUUAACCUCAUUCUUCUUUACCAUGAGAGAUGCCCUGGCACUCAGUUUUAUCUUACUCAGCUCUCAAGUCAAGGAGUUGGUUGCACUCCCUUCUACUGACUGUUUGGGACUCAGAACUCUUCAGGGAACUGGAUGAACUUCAGAAAUGCCUUGAGGAUGAUCUUCAAUGUUUUUGUCUCCAUUAUAGGAAUAUUUGGAAGGAAAAUAUUCACAUAAUAAGCAGUUCUAGUAAAUCAGCUUUUACCAUGUAAAACCAGAAACCGAUUUGAUGCAGCCAUAGAUAAAGAAAUGCAGUACUUUGAAAUAAUUUACCAUGAUUGUCACACAUUUGGUCUGAAGGACAAAUUUCUUCCAACUCUUAUUUCCCAUUCCCCUUUUUCAUAAAGCAGCCAGUGGAAAAUACAACUGUUGGUAAAGGAAACCCAGAAGGCUCCAGAACUACAAAUGAGUUAAAAACUCACUGUGGCUUCCAAGUGGGAGAAGGUAGGAGAGAAGGCUGGAGAUUUCUGACUGCUGUGCAAUCUAGUGAAGCAAGAAACCACCAGAAGCUCAUUGUUAGAAUGGAGCCAACUGGCUUGUGAUUCCCACAAAGUGGGAUUGCAUUGAGUGCAAUCUGCUUCCUUAGGACUUCUAAUGCAUUCAUGUAAACUUGAUCCCUGCUCUUGGCAUUGCAAGGUGAUUCAAUCACAGGAGAAUAUUCCAGUGGCAGGAACUUACUGGAGUUCGUCCCCCUUCCCACUCCCCAUCCACAGGAAACACCCCUGCUCACCACAUCCUAUUGCUUCUGCCUUCUUUGCUCAGGGUUAGAUGAGUCCAGGCAUUUUAUUCUGUUUGGAUAAGUGUUGUUCAUGUAAAGAUCCAAACAAACCAAACUUCUUAUUCCAAGCCUAGUUGGAGAGGAUAGACUGGUCCAACCUGCUACUGCAAUAACUUGUCUUUACUUAAAGUUCCAGGCAACUGUGUUACAGAAUGGACUAUUGAUCUUACCAGUUAAUAAAUGCAGAAAAGAACAUUACCAGUCUUUUUUCAGAGCCUGAAGAGCUUGAGGCACACUUGCCAGCUUCCCACUGCUCCUCUGUGGCAGCAUCUUGCUUUCAGGUUAACUGAAAUCUGCAAACAUUCUCUGCUGCAAGAAAAAAAGGGUGAUGUCAUCAGAAGAUGAUGCUGGCGGGGAGGCUCCUGGGGGCAGUUUCUGGGAGGCUGGGAACUACAAGCGGACAGUGAAACGUGUGGAUGAUGGCUACCGGCUCUGCAAUGACCUUAUCUCCUGCUUCCAGGAGCGAGCCAAGAUAGAGAAGAACUAUGCCCAGCAGCUCACAGAAUGGUCCCGUAAGUGGAGGACCAAUGUGGAGAGAGGUCCGCAGUAUGGUACUCUGGAAAAGGCCUGGCAUGCCUUCCUGACAGCUGCAGACAAACUGAGUGAAAUUCACUUGGCUGUCCGGAACCACCUGGCUGGUGAAGAUUCCGAUAAGAUCAAGGCCUGGCAGAAGGAGGCCUACCACAAGCAGAUGAUUGGAGGCUUCAAGGAAACAAAGGAUGCAGAGGAUGGGUUCCGCAAAGCCCAGAAACCCUGGGUGAAGAAGAUGAAAGAUGUGGAGACUUCUAAGAAAAACUAUCAUGCAGCCCGGAAGGAGGAGAAAACAGCCCAUACAAGGGAGAACCAUGCCAAGGCAGACUCGUCUGUCUCACAGGAGCAGAUGCGCAAGUUGCAGGAGCGUGUAGAGAAGUGCACUCAGGAGGCUGAGAAGUGCAAGGAUCAGUAUGAGAAGAUGCUGGAAGAAUUGAAUCGCUACAAUCCCCGCUACAUGGAGGACAUGGAGCAAGUGUUUGAGGGCUGUCAGGAGGCAGAACGCAAGCGAUUGUGCUUCUUCAAGGAGAUGCUUCUGAAUCUGCACCAGCAUCUCAACCUCUCCACCAGUGAAAGCUUUCAUGCAUUGUAUCGGGAUCUCCACCAAGUCAUCAUGGCUGCAGACAACCAGGAGGACCUGAAGUGGUGGCGCAACACUCAUGGACCGGGCAUGGCGAUGAAUUGGCCUCAGUUUGAGGAAUGGUCCCUUGAAACACAGAGGCAAAUCACCAAGAAGGAGAAGAGUGGCAAGAUGGCUGAUGAUGUCACACUGACCAGCAUUUUGCCUGCACGAGAUGGUCUUGUCUCACAGACCCCUCUGCAGACAAGCGGAGGGAAGGAAGACAUUUCAGAGUGGUCAGAUGAGGACACUCCCAAGAAGUGCCUGGAUGCCAAUGGGCAUGAGGAAGACCUAAAGGUACCUGGUGUGCGGGUACGAGCACUCUAUGAUUACACGGGACAGGAGGCUGAUGAGCUGAGCUUUAAAGCAGGUGAAGAACUAAUGAAGAUUAGUGAGGAAGAUGAGCAGGGCUGGUGCAAAGGCCGACUUCUCACUGGUCAAGUUGGACUCUAUCCUGCCAAUUAUGUUGAGAAGGUUGGAUCAUGAUUGCUGCUGCCCCACCAGUGCCUCACAGCCAUACCAGCAUCUCCUGCAGAGGUCACUGGGUCACUCCUGGCCCCAACCCACCUUUGCAGUAUAUCCAGCAGCUUCUGGACUUUAAAGGCACAUAUUCCAUGUAACUAAUGCUUCAUUUAAACAUCUAGAUCUGUAGGGAUUUUCUAAAAAAUAAACAAGGAUGAAUAAAGACUUUUCUGAGCACUACAGUAGUGUAGGAGUGCAGAAAGAAACAGACCCUUUUGACUUGCACUGAGUGAAAGGAGAUAAGUGUUUUCAUGGAGCUCUAGAAAAGAGAGAAAGCAUACUUCCUUGACUUCAGUGCACAUGCAUCCAUAGUGCAUUGGGUGUUGAGGUCUGCCCUGCCUCCAAGGCUUCCUGUUCAAUGAAUUUUUGAUAUGCAGUGUAAUAAGGAACUUCUUCUGUUGUUUCCCCUUUUUAGCUCCAUCAAGCUGACUGGCAGAAAGGUCUCUAUUCUCCCAUAUAUUUUAUAAGUUUUCAGUAUCCCCCACCUGCAAGCUUGUUGGGUUCCCUGAUAAGACAGCUGUUUAAGUUACACAGCUACAACCUGAACAUCCCUUUCCACUGCACUCAUUUUUAUUGGGAUAACCCCAGGAAUGAAUGAUAGUAUAGCUGAGGCACACGAGAAAGAAGCUUCUGUCUUGCAUGGUGUGGCUGUUCAGGCUAAUGAGUUCUGAACAGACCUGUUGUGCAGAAGUUGGAACUGACUGAAUGCUCCCUGAACUAGAAUGGUCUUUGACACAUGAAAGCUGGUUUUAAAAUGACAGCCACGUUCCAGUGCUGUUCUGCUUAGGAUUCCUAAAUUGACUUGUGUAUGUUGGGGUUUCUAAAGCAUCUAGAUUAUUUUGGCUAUACCUCUCUUCAAGAGCACUUAGUGCACAGCAGAGACUCUCUUUUUUUCCUUUCCAAUAUCUUCUUGGCUUACACAGGGCUAGAAGUGCACUCCCUGCCUUGCCAAAGACCCCUGCACUGUGAUGAGGGUUGCACUGUGGAAGUUGCCUGCUGGCUAGCACAAAUUACCUAUAGAGGGGUAACUCCCCUUUUUGUCCUGAAUUGCUCAAGUGCACUUAUGCCCAGUUGUUAAGUGCCAUUCAGCAGGGAGGAUGUACCCAACAUCUUUAUCUCACCUGUCCUCAUGCCUUUCAAAGCCUGUGAGGCUGCUGGGAAGACCUGAUCCUAAUGCUCUGCAUAUUCCAACAUAGAGCAAGAGCUUGAGGGAACAAAAAGGCAAACAAGCAGAUGCUUAAAAAUGGCUUACUUAGUACAUCUGCCUGAAACUGCUGCUGAAAUGCAUUUUGAGUUUGUAGUAACCUUCUGUAGUGACAUUCUUAUUCUGGCCUAGCAUGUGUGAGUGACUCAGUCAGACUCACAGAACUCAGCUGAGCCUCCACCAACCACUUGGAGUGAACUGCUUCAGAGCUGUUUGGAAAAAGUGCUACACAUAAGAAAGGCUUAAGUCAGGGUGAACAUCAAGAUUAAAUGGCCAGUAUUGUGUCAACAGCAGCUAGUAAACCAAAAUGUAGACUGAAACAGAGGAGAGGAUAGACAUUCAAAUACUUAAUUUAUGAAGAUUAAAGUAUCACAAAUAUCUCAUUGCCUGGCUGACAACAGAAAUUAACCUUUUACAGCACACUGCAUGCCUUGAAUGUAGUUUGCCAUGGGCAAAGAGAUGGGAGACCACAGAAGCUUACAGUUGGAAAGUUUUGCUUGAAAUAUCCCUAGCAAUAUACUUCAUGAAUGGGGAAGAGGCAAACUAAAAGAAAAAGGCUAAAGCAUUUUGCUCAGGGUCUAUUAUGUCAUUUUUCAAUAAAAGAGAAAGUAUUUCCAAAAGGCAAUUAAAUAUCUAAGCAACACAUUAAAAAUGCCUGGAUUUAGCUAUGAAUUUAGUUAGUAUUCUAGGUUCAGUAUCUGAAGAUGCCUCUAAGCUUAUGCCAUGUAAUUGGAUGUGUUGGUGUAUGAGCACUUGGAUUUAUUUAAAGAUCCAGUCUGCUCUCAGUUCUGUAUCCCAGGUAAAAAUAUAAUUAGUGUUGUGCAGUAAUUGCAAGUGUUCCACUUGCUGACCCACACUGGAAUGAUUUGUUGCUCCUUUGUCUUAGCACACGUGAAUGUGAAGAGAGCCUGCCAGGCUUCUAAGAGAGCUGAGAUUAAAACAGCAAUAAAAUGACCUGAGAUGUCCUGUAAACAAUACUGAAGUUUCCCUGAUUAACCUGCAUAUUUCAAACACUAAUGCUAGACUUUCAUGUAAGGUCAAAAAAUGGUAGAAGGGAGCUACAGAGGAUGACAUUGAAAAUUUACUUCUAACUCUAUUUGAGUUCUAGUCAGGCUGUAAUUAGGGAUGGGGGUAGGUGUGGCCAUAACAUGCAAAAGGACAGAAAUGUCCAGUGAACAGAGCCUCUGAUUACAGUACAAACAACCUGAAAUUCCGCCGGACAAAGUCUGAACAGACUUGUUUGUCCUAGGGAAACAUGACCACCUGAUUAUAGUGGGCUGCUUGAAGGUUUCCAGAAAGUGUGACAUAUUGUAUCUUAUGUGAACAAGUUCUCUAAGGACUGUUUGCACAUCAGAAGUUCCUGCCAAGAGCUGAAGUAAUGGACAGCAGACAAUACAUUGAGAAUGAAAAAUUGCUUGGCUGGACUAUACCUCAGAAACAGGCAUGGCACUUAGUCCUGGCUACCCAAAACCAUCUGGAUUAGUAAAAGAGAGCCUGUGUAGUAAAGAUCUAGCUGGAGGGAAGGAGGAAAAAAACAACCCCAAACCAACCCACAUCUAAUGAUCUUAUAUUAAAGUAAUAGCUCUACCUGGAUACUUGGUUUUCCACAGAAGCAAAUGAGGUUUUGUUAGCCACAAAGGUUCUCGUUGAAACUUCUGUGCCAUGCCAAAAGUUUUGUGUGUGAACAGAGACAUGUACACAGAAACUAAUUGCUGUGCCUGAAUUCCAGAAGGCCAGUGAAGCCUGUUCUUCCCCCAUGGUUUUUGUAAAAAAAAAAAUACAAAUGCACCUCUGUGCCUGAUGGGCAACACACUGAAUAAUUAUCUAGUCAUAUUUUAUUUUUUAAUAAAGCCAUUCCUUGUGGAAAGCACGUACACUUGUGGUUAGCAGAUAAUUCAUUUGGUUCUGACAUCUUCCUGGAAAAGAAUUUUGGAACUAUCAUGCAAAGCUUGAAUUUCCUGUUGAUGAAUCUUGUAGGAAGAGGAAGUUAAAGAUUAUCUAUGACAGAUCACACCCAUUUCCCCAAAGUGGCAGCUGAGCUCGCCUAACCCACUAAAGGUUUUGCCCUGUAGGCAAAAUCUGGGUCACAGAGCCCACAGGCCAGCUGUGCAGUGGGAUGGCAGCUGAGUUGUGGUUAGCCUCCAGCUCUGGGUGGCACUCCCACAGCCCUGCCUGCAGCUUGGGGCCAUUUCUGCUUUAGUUUACUUUCCAUCCCACUUCCCAUCUCCUGUGUCCUUGUGGCUGUUUUGCUUGGCACUAAGCACCGAGGCAGGUGCAAGUAUGUGGCAAUCCUGCAUAGAGACCUGUCAGUGCUGUUAAAAUGUCCUGCACUGCCUCUGCUCUGCUCUGUUUGCAGGUCCAGCCCAAGGCCACAGCUGUGAGGCUGUGCAGCUCAGCUCUGUUGUCUCCUCCAGGCUCCCCUGACUGCGGUGCAGGCUCUGCAGUGAACUGGAGCUGCCUUGGCUGCAUUUGUGAGCUGCUGGCAUUAUGCUGAAAUCCCUUCUGCUUGCCAAGGAAGUUGGUGUUGCAGUUUGAAUGGGCUUGAACACUCAGACCCGUAGGUGACCAUUUCUAGGGUAACUGCACUGAGACCAGCUGCUGACAGAUCAUGGGGCUGAACGUGACAAGCCAGUGCCACAAACCCCAUCCUCACCCAUGGAAAUGUGGUUGGAAAAUACCCACUCAGGCUGACAGCAAACGUUGUGCAAAAUAAACAAGAAUACUAAGAUGGCAUGAUACAAGGCAAAGUGUCUUCAAAGGGACCUUGCACCAAAACAAAACCAACAAACAAAACCAACCAAACAAACAAAACAAAA